AUGGCACCCACAGGUUACCCCGUACCGCCCCCAUCUUACUCUGGACAACAACCCAAAUCUCCCGACCAGGAACCACUCUUGCCUCCCAGCUCGGACCACAUCGACAAACGUCGUGAUGGGGCCGCUUGGGGACAGACCAAUCUCAGGAACUCGUGGAGCGACCAAGCUCAGCCUGGCGAUAUCCCCGAAGAUUUCCUUAUCGGCGUCACCGUAUCUCAAUCGAGUAUCGAGAUCAGGAUGGCAUUCAUUCGGAAGGUCUAUUCCAUUCUUUUCCUCCAAAUUGCAGCUACGACGAUCGUUGCCAGUUUGAUGCGCCUUGACAGCUGCCGAGCCUUACUUUUGGCCCACUCCUGGGUCAUCUUCAUCCCUCUCAUCGGCGCCCUCGUCAGCAUGCUGGUGCUGUUUGCCAAGAGGCACUCCUCGCCCGCAAAUCUGAUCCUGCUUGGUCUCUUUACCGUACUCGAAGCGAUGGGACUUGGUGCCGCAGUGGCCUUUGUGGAUACGAUCAUCAUCCUUGAAGCCCUCGUUUUGACUGGAUUGGUCUUCAUCGGCUUGACCAUGUACACCUUACAAUCCAAACGCGACUUUAGUGGUCUUGCUUCUUAUUUGUACACUGCCCUGCUGGUGAUGAUCUUUUCGUCCUUUCUCACCGUCUUCUUCCCUCUCAGUCGGACGAUGGAUGCCGUUUAUGCCGGGUUCGGAACACUCGUCUUUUCGGCCUACAUUGUCUUUGACACUCAAAUGAUUUGCAAGCACCUUAGUCCCGACGACUGGGUCGUUGCAUGUGUAUCGCUAUAUCUUGACGGUGUGAACCUCUUCAUUAAUAUCGUUCGCAUUCUUUCUGACCUCCAGGAGCGUUAA